AUGAAUAAAAUGGGGACUGAGAAUGAUAUAGCAAAAUUUCCCAAUCUCUCCCACUCCUUCUCUUUCUCUUUCACCCUCCUUCUCUCUUUAUUACUCCUUCCCUCUUUCACUCCUUCUCUCUUUCACUAUCUCUUAGUCACCCUCUUUCUUUAUCUCUCCUUCACUUUCUCUCUCACUCCUUCUCUCUUUGUUACUCCUCCCCUCUUUCACUCCUUCUCUCUUUCACUAUCUCUGUCUCCCUCUUUCUUUAUCUCUCCUUCACUUUCUAUCACUCACUCCUUCUCUCUUUGUCACUCCUACCCUCUUUCACUCCUUCUCUCUUUCACUAUCUCUCAGUCUCCCUCUUUCUUUAUCUCACCUUCUCUUUCUCUCUCUCACUCGUUAUCUCUUUGUCACUCCUUCCUUCUUUGGCUCCUUCUCUCUUUCUUUCUCACUCCUUCUCUUUCUCUCACUCACUCCUUCUCUCUUUAUUACUCCUUCCCUCUUUCACUCCUUCUCUCUUUCACUAUCUCUCAGUCACCCUCUUUCUUUAUCUCUCCUUCUCUUUCUCUCUCACUCCUUCUCUCUUUCUCACUCCUUCCUUCUUUCACUUCUUCUCUCAUUAACUAUCUCUCAGUCUCCUUCUUUCUUUCUUUCUCUUUCCUGCUUUUUCUCUCUCUCUCACUCCUUCCCGCAUCGUCACCCCUUCCCUCUUUCAUUCCUUCUCUCUUUCACUAUCUCUCAGUCUCCUCUUUUCUUUCUCUCUCCUUCUGUUUCUCUCACUCAUUCUUCAUCUCUUUAUCACUCCUUCCCUCUUUCACUAUCUCUCACUCUCCCUCUUUCUUUCUCUCUCUCACUCCUUCUCUCUUUGUCACUCCUUCCUUCUUUCGCUCCUCCCUUCUUUCACUCCUUCUCUCUUUCACUAUCUCCCAGUCUCCCUCUUUCUUUCUCUCUUUAUCUCUUACACUCUUUACCUUUUAUGCCUAA